AUGGGACGUCCCGAUUUUGGACGUGGCGGUCGUGGCGGCGGUUUCCGUGGUGGAGAUCGCGGAGGACGUGGAGGAUUCCGUGGCGGUGAUCGUGGUGGAUUUGGCGGUCGUGGAGGAUUCGGCGGACGUGGGGGAUUCCGUGGUGGUGAUCGCGGAGGGUUCCGUGGUGGUCGUGGGGGAGACAGAGGCGGUUUCGGAGGACGCGGAUCCCCAAGGGGUGGAAGAGGACGCGGUGCCCCCCGAGGUGGCGGUGGAAUGAGAGGAGGAAAAACUGUAGUUGUAGAGCCGCAUCGUUUGGAAGGAGUGUUUAUUGUAAAAGGAAAGGAAGACGCUCUUGCUACGAAAAACAUGGUUGUUGGAGAAUCUGUGUAUGGCGAGAAAAGAGUUUCUGUUGAUGAUGGAACUGGAACAUCAGUAGAAUACCGUGUUUGGAAUCCUUUCCGUUCCAAGUUGGCUGCUUCCAUUAUGGGAGGCUUGGAAGACAAUCAUAUUAAACCAGGAACGAAGUUGCUUUAUCUUGGAGCCGCUUCUGGUACUACAGUUUCUCAUUGCUCGGACGUUGUUGGACCGGAGGGAAUUGUUUACGCUGUUGAGUUCUCGCACAGAAGUGGUCGCGACCUUCUCGGAGUUGCUAAGAAGAGACCUAAUGUCGUUCCUAUCGUGGAAGAUGCCAGACACCCACACAAGUAUCGCAUGCUAGUUGGAAUGGUCGACGUUAUUUUCUCUGACGUUGCUCAGCCGGAUCAAGCUAGAAUUGUCGCUCUCAAUGCCCACAACUUCCUCAAAAAUGGUGGUCAUGCUGUAAUCUCCAUUAAGGCUAACUGCAUUGACAGUACUGCUGAACCAGAAGCUGUUUUCGCUGGUGAGGUAAACAAGUUGAAGGAAGAAAAGUUCAAGCCACUUGAACAAGUAACUCUUGAACCGGUCAUGACGUCGACCGUCCAAUCGGUACAGACUUUCGGUCGUAAGAAGACCGCCACCGCUGUUGCUCACUGCAAGAAAGGACAGGGCCUUAUCAAGGUCAAUGGUCGUCCGUUGGAGUUUUUGGAGCCACAGAUCCUUCGCAUCAAGUUACAGGAGCCACUUCUUCUGGUCGGAAAGGAGCGUUUCCAGGAUGUCGACAUCAGAAUCCGCGUCAACGGCGGAGGACAUGUUGCCCAGAUCUACGCUGUCCGCCAGGCUCUCGCCAAGGCUUUGGUUGCCUAUUACCACAAGUAUGUCGAUGAGCAAAGCAAGAGAGAACUGAAAGAGAUCUUCGCCGCUUACGACAAGUCGCUUUUGGUUGCUGAUCCAAGAAGAUGCGAGUCUAAGAAGUUCGGAGGACCAGGAGCCCGCGCUCGCUACCAAAAGUCUUACCGUUAA